AUCCCCUUCUGGGCCAGAGUGCUAGCGGGCGCGAGGAGCGAAGCUUGAAGCGGAGCGCCAAGGCGAGCCAGCCGGAGCCACCUCCUUCCCGCCGCCUCCUCCCCACUCCCCCGACACACUCGCUCUCUGGCUCAACGACGCGCGCACACUUUCAGCGCCGGACCCGCACCUCGGCGGGCGCCACACACUCGGCAGCCGGAGCCGCGGCAGCCGCAGCGGGAUGGAGGUAGCGCGCACGGAGCGCCCUGCAGGCUGGCCUGGGGCGCCCCUUGCCCGGACAGGGCUCCUGCUCCUGUCGACGUGGGUCUUAGCUGGGGCCGAGAUCACUUGGGGCGCGGCGGGCGGUCAAGGGCGCACCUUGGCUCCGGCUUCAUGGCCACCGGCGCUGCCUCUUCUCGCUCCGCGGGCAGUGGCGAGCCAGUGGUCGGAAGAGCAGGCGACGGCGCGCAGAGGCGCCGCGCUGGGGCGCCGGCCCAGACCAGAGCUGCUGCUCCAGCCAGGCGGCGGCGAGAAGCGGGGAAAAGCCGGGGGUAUGCCGGCGGCGGGCGCGUGGUGGGGCCAGGUCAUCCCCGCUCCUGGCAAGGCUGGCGGCGCGAGGAGUCGCCGCGCGCAGCCCCCCAGCACCCUGGAGAGCGGGGAUGCCUGGGCCACUGCCCCGGCCGAUGGUUCUAGAGCCAGCCGCACUGUGGACAAGGGGCUCCGGGAGGACGGGAAGGCGCCGCGGGCCCGGGGGGCAGCAGCCGAAGAGCUCCGGCUGCCCAGCACCUCAUUCGCGUUGACGGGGGAUUCGGCCCACAACCAGGCCAUGGUGCACUGGUCCGGACACAACAGCAGCAUCAUACUUAUCCUGACAAAGCUGUAUGACUUCAACCUGGGGAGCGUGACUGAGAGUUCACUGUGGAGGUCAACAGAUUAUGGCACCACCUAUGAAAAGCUGAAUGACAAAGUGGGUUUGAAGACAGUCCUUAGUUACCUCUACGUCAAUCCCACCAACAAAAGGAAGAUCAUGCUUCUUAGUGACCCUGAAAUGGAGAGCAGCAUACUGAUCAGUUCAGACGAAGGGGCGACCUAUCAAAAGUAUCGGCUCACCUUCUACAUCCAGAGCUUGCUCUUUCAUCCUAAGCAAGAGGACUGGGUGCUGGCCUACAGCUUGGAUCAAAAGCUCUACAGCUCCAUGGAUUUUGGAAGACGGUGGCAACUCAUGCAUGAACGUAUCACACCCAACAGAUUUUACUGGUCGGUGGCCGGUUUGGAUAAGGAGGCAGACCUGGUGCAUAUGGAGGUGCGGACAAACGAUGGAUAUGCUCACUACCUCACCUGCAGGAUCCAGGAAUGUGCCGAGACUACUCGGAGUGGGCCCUUUGCUCGUUCCAUUGACAUCAGCUCCCUGGUUGUGCAAGAUGAAUAUAUCUUCAUUCAGGUGACAACUGGUGGAAGAGCCAGCUACUACGUGUCCUAUCGAAGAGAAGCCUUUGCUCAGAUAAAGCUGCCCAAGUACUCUCUGCCGAAGGACAUGCACAUCAUCAGCACAGAUGAGAACCAAGUGUUUGCAGCGGUCCAAGAAUGGAACCAGAAUGACACCUACAACCUCUACAUCUCAGACACACGCGGGAUCUACUUCACUCUGGCCAUGGAGAACAUUAAGAGUAGCCGAGGUCUAAUGGGAAAUAUCAUAAUUGAAUUGUAUGAGGUAGCAGGUAUCAAAGGGAUAUUCCUGGCAAACAAGAAAGUGGAUGACCAGGUGAAGACAUACAUCACGUACAACAAGGGCAGGGAUUGGCGCCUCCUGCAAGCCCCAGAUGUGGACCUGAGAGGGAGCCCAGUGCACUGCCUGCUGCCCUUCUGCUCCUUACACCUGCAUUUGCAGAUCUCUGAAAAUCCGUAUUCCUCAGGGAGAAUCUCUAGCAAGGAGACAGCCCCAGGACUUGUGGUGGCUACAGGCAACAUUGGCCCGGAACUCUCAUAUACUGAUAUUGGUGUGUUCAUCUCUUCCGAUGGGGGCAACACGUGGAGACAGAUCUUUGAUGAAGAGUACAAUGUCUGGUUCCUAGACUGGGGUGGCGCCCUCGUGGCCAUGAAACACACACCUCUGCCAGUCAGGCAUUUGUGGGUGAGUUUUGAUGAGGGCCACUCCUGGGACAAGUAUGGUUUCACUUCGGUCCCUCUCUUCGUCGACGGGGCUCUGGUGGAGGCAGGAGUGGAGACCCAAAUUAUGACAGUUUUUGGCCACUUCAGCCUCCGCUCUGAAUGGCAGCUAGUGAAAGUGGACUACAAAUCCAUCUUCAGCCGGCGAUGCACCAAGGAGGACUAUCAGACCUGGCACCUGCUCAAUCAGGGGGAACCUUGUGUCAUGGGAGAAAGGAAAAUAUUCAAGAAACGCAAGCCAGGAGCUCAGUGUGCCCUGGGCCGAGACUACUCUGGGACGGUGGUCUCAGAACCCUGCGUCUGUGCUGACUGGGACUUCGAGUGUGACUAUGGCUACGAGAGACAUGGGGAGAGCCAGUGCGUCCCAGCUUUCUGGUACAAUCCAGCAUCCCCAUCAAAGGACUGCAGCCUUGGGCAGAGCUACCUUAACAGCACUGGGUACCGCAGGAUCGUGUCCAACAACUGCACAGACGGGCUGAGGGAGAAGUACACUGCCAAGGCCCAGAUGUGCCCCGGAAAAGCCCCUCGGGGCCUCCACGUGGUGACGACUGAUGGGCGCCUGGUGGCAGAGCAGGGGCACAAUGCCACAUUCAUCAUCCUCAUGGAGGAGGGUGAUCUCCAAAGGACAAACAUCCAGCUUGACUUUGGGGAUGGGAUUGCCGUGUCCUAUGCCAACUUCAGCCCCAUCGAGGACGGCAUCAAGCACGUGUACAAGAGUGCGGGGAUCUUCCAGGUGACAGCCUAUGCAGAGAACAACCUGGGCUCAGACACGGCUGUCCUCUUCCUGCAUGUGGUUUGUCCUGUGGAGCAUGUUCAUCUCCGAGUUCCGUUUGUCGCCAUAAGAAAUAAAGAGGUCAACAUCAGUGCAGUCGUGUGGCCCAGUCAACGGGGGACCCUUACCUAUUUCUGGUGGUUUGGCAACAGCACAAAGCCCCUCAUCACCUUGGAAAGCAGCAUUUCCUUCACAUUCCCUGCAGAGGGAUCCAACACUAUCACUGUCCAGGUGGCUGCUGGGAAUGCCCUUAUCCAGGAUACAAAAGAUAUCGCAGUUCAUGAAUACUUCCAGUCCCAGCUCUUAUCCUUCUCUCCUAAUCUGGACUACCACAAUCCUGACAUUCCUGAGUGGAGACAAGACAUUGGCAAUGUCAUCAGGAGAGCACUAGUUAAAGUAACUAGUGUCCCAGAAGACCAGAUCCUGGUGGCUGUGUUCCCUGGCCUUCCCACAUCAGCAGAGCUCUUUAUCCUUCCCCCCAAGAACUUGACAGAGAGGAGGAAAGGCAAUGAAGAGGACCUGGAACAAGUUGUAGAGAUGCUGUUUAAUGCUCUAAACCAGAACUUGGUUCAGUUUGAGCUGAAGCCAGGAGUUCAAGUUGUUGUGUAUGUCACUCAGCUGACAUUAGCUCCAUUGGUGGACUCUAGCCCUGGGCACAGCAGCUCAGCCAUGCUUAUGCUCUUGUCGGUGGUGUUUGUUGGCCUGGCUGUGUUUUUGAUUUACAAGUUUAAAAGGAAAAUCCCCUGGAUUAAUAUCUAUGCUCAAGUCCAACAUGACAAAGAGCAGGAGAUGAUUGGGUCCGUGAGCCAAAGUGAAAACGCCCCCAAAAUCACCCUCAGUGACUUCACUGAGCCUGAGGAACUGCUGGACAAAGAGCUGGACACCCGGGUCAUAGGAGGCAUUGCCACCAUUGCGAACAGCGAAAGCACAAAGGAGAUCCCCAACUGCACUAGUGUUUAAUACCAACAAGCCACGUGGUCAACCACCUUUCUGACUUAUUUUUGAUGAUUCCUAUUACUAUUAUCAUGGAAAAAGUGAAUAUGUCUUUUUUACCUUUUGUUUACCAAGGACCCCUUCGUAAGCAGGCAGAUGCUUAGCUUUGGGAGAAAAAGGCAUUCUUAGCUAAUUAGAAAGAGAGAAAAAGAAAAGUGGCUGUAUUUGGGCUAAGGGCAAAGGGCAUAUCUUCCCACAGCUUCCUUGCUUUAUUCUGCCAGCGGUAGCGCCAGGACUCCCUUUUUCCUUGUGGUCUCUCUUUCUUUUAUUUUUUAAGUUGGCUUGGCUUUUUGUUAACCUCCCAUCUCCCCGCUAAAAAUCACCAACCUCCCCACCUCACCCCCACACACACAUCCGAAACAAACCGUUUCCUAGUUGGAUCGCAGGAGGUAGGUUAGUGGGGAGUGGACGUGGCUGCAGAAAGCAUGCACACCUGUAUGAAAGGGGCCCUGAUUUGUGCAUGUCAAUAGCAAAGCUACAGACGGCUUAUUGUAUAUAAUUACAGUGUAAAUAGCCUUUUAUUUCCUAAGAAAUAAUUUAAUGUUUAGUAAAAAAGAAAAAAGAAAGACACGUGUGUUGGCUUACGCACUCACCCUCGGAGCUGACCAACCCCCAGGCCUGCUUGUUGUGCUGGGUUCUGGAUGCUCUCCCUUUGUCGGUCACACUUAACUCUUGCAUUGCCGUGUUCAUGCCACAGCUGGUUUCUACUUAUGUAUAUACAAGGGAGUGGGGGGGGCUUCUUUGGGGCAAUUGAUGAAGGAAGGACUAUAGAGACCUCAUAGAACCUGAGGGUCUUUUGGUUCCAUCAGUGACAUGGAAGAAAUUGUAAGAUGAAACCUACUAGAGACUACAAACUGAGACUCAGAUGGGGAAACGAGGCUUCCCCUCCCCCAAAAAAUAAGUUGAGGGUAUUUUAUCAGCCUGAUAUAGUUUCCUCUAAAGAAAUAAGGCGAUGGAUCUAAAAAUGAUGAUGAUUGUGUUUGCUGAUUGGAUUCCAUGGAGAUGUGUAAUACUUGUGAUGAAUUCUCAGGCUAUCCUAAGCUCAGAAAAGUCCCCUGGGUACUAGGGUAAGCCCUGUGAGUGCCUCCUGGCAUGGGUAGUAGAGGUAGAGAGGUUGGGAAAGAGGUGACGUUUGUGGGCUCAUGAGUCCAUGGAAAUCCUAUAGGCCAAAUAGGGCUCUAGCCUUUAAUGAUAUUAGUUAAAGAAGAUUUUAGCCCAACUGUGCUAUUUGCUUGUCAGAUGUACACAACUUCCUUAAAGUGAAAUGUCUGCCUUCAGUUCCCUUAAGGUAGUUCUUGCGUCUGGGGUGAGUGGCUUUCAAAGCCGAUAUUCUCUUUUCUAGCACCACAGCCCCUUCACACAUUUACACAAAUCAAUUUUUUUCCGUAGGGUCACUUGAAGCCAUGCUGUAAGCAUUCUUUUUAUUUUCAGGUACAGCCUGAGCACACUUGUUUUAAAAAAAAUUAUAUACUGUAUAUAUAUGGGAGGAAAGGCCACAUUUUGUACUUGUUAAUUUUUGUGGGAUGUUGUUUGCAUUCUUCUCUGUGAGAUGCAGAGAGAAUGUGAUAUAGAGAAAUCUGGCUGGCAACAGCAUAGACAAAUAUUAGGAGCAUUUCUAAAAAUCCUGCUUUUUUGUUUCAAGGGUUAAACGGGGCAGACUAUUGCAAUACUUGUACUAAACACUGGAAUACAAAUGCAUGAGUCAUAUCUGUCUCUACAGUAUAUGGACAUAUACUGUUCUUGGUUUUAUUGUUCCAUUUGAAUAUUUCUACUGUACAAAAGACAGUGGUUUUGAAAUUGUUGAAAAUAAAUGUAUUUUUGUACAUCAAAGCUA